AUCAUCGUUGCCCGCCGUUGUUCCGCCGCCGCUGGUCCGCUGCCGGAGUCUCAUUGCUAUCCGUGCCGCCUCCUGAGCUGCCGCUGGAUCUCGAUCGAUCAUCCAGAGCUCUAAGAUCGAAUCGACGAGCAUCUCUCGUGGGACUCCUCGUGCGUACCAGACAUCGCGGUAGCCUCUAAAAUGGUGAAUCAGGUCUCCAGUGCGGACGACUUCAAGGCUCGGAUCAAAACUCCCGGCAAAGUCGUAUUCGUUGACAUAUUCGCUACUUGGUGCGGUCCGUGCAAAGUUAUCGCACCUGUUUUCGAGAAGCUCAGCUCCGAGUUCCCCGACUGCGUUUUCAUUAAGGUGAACGCCGAUGAAGUUGAAGCUGUGACGGAGGAGUACGAUGUUCAAGCGCUACCGACAUUCCUGGUCUUCAAAGAAGGAGCACUCCUCGACAGAAUGACCGGAUCGAACUCCGAGAAGUUGAAGCAGCUCAUCAAGACUCACGCUGAAGCGUAGUUGAAUCGAUCGUUGAUUGAGUCAAACGGGUUAAGCAGAUUCCUUGAUUCAUCCGGGCAUUUGCGCUCCCGAAAAUGAAUCAAUAAAUUCCUUUACCACCCCAAAAAAAA